AUGAGGCGCUUUCUCCUGUACAUAUCCCUGCUAUUGCAGGUCGUUGUGUUCUCCCACGCGAAUGCGCCGGACAAUCAACAACAUGUACUUUCUGGAGAUAGAUCGAAUGGAGCAACAGGCAAUACACUCCCCGCCGAGCUCCCUGCCGCACAGCAUGUUCAACCAGGUGCUGACCACGUCGACACCGCUCUGGUCGAGUUGCGAAAGCUACACCAACCUUUGCACCAUAAGAUACGAAAGAACCCCGGCAUUUUGAGAACCGUUCUACAUCUUGCUACCAAAGCAUUACCGGCUGUCCGACUUACUGCUCCCUCACCCGAUUCCUCCAACGAUGCCGUCAGUGGCCCGCUUCUCCAUGCGACCAGGCUCCUCGAGGAGUCCGCACAGAAGAACAACUCCGAUGCGCUCUAUAUCCUAGGCGACAUGAACUUCUACGGCAACUUCUCCCACCCCAGGAAUCUCAAGACGGCCUUCGAUUACUACCAAAAGCUUGCCUUGCUCAAUGGAAACAGCUCGGCAAUGUACAUGAUGGGAGUGAUGUACUCUACAGGAGUGGGAGGCGCCGUGGAGCCGGACCAGGCCAGAGCUCUGCUUUAUUACACCUUUGCUGCCAACCAAGGCCACACGAGGGCCGAGAUGGCUGUGGCACAUCGUCAUUAUGCGGGAAUCGGAACCACCAAGAACUGCGAGACGGCGGUCAAAUACUACAAAAGGGUCGGCGAUAAAGCAAUUGCGUGGUACCGCUCAGGACCUCCCGGCGGCAUGAGCUGGAUAUCGGAAUCUCACCGCAUCGCCGACGAACUUGGAGGUAUAUAUGGUGCAGGAGCGAGUGUGUCCAGUUCGGGUCAAAACGCACCUCACAAAAACCCCACCUCUGACGCACAGGCUUCCAUCGAGGAUAUUCUCGAGUACCUCGACCUGAUGUCUCAGAAGGGCGACGUCAAGGCGACUUUUAACCUGGGCCGUAUAUUUUACGACGGCCAGAGAAACCUCCCGCGUGACUACGCCAAGGCCAGGGAAUACUUCCUGAAGGUAGCCGGUAAAACCUGGAAUAAGAAAGGACAGGUUUUCGAAAACAAGACGCCCAGUUUUCACACUAUCAGUUGCAGAGCAGCUGGAUACAUCGGGCGCAUGUAUUUGCGAGGAGAGGGUGUUGAACAGAACUUCAGGCUGGCCGAGUUCUGGUUUAGACGCGGCAAUGAGCAAGCUGACCAACAGUCUCGCCAUGGACUCGGACUGAUGUACCUGAAUGGUUACGGCGUGGAACGAAACCUCGACCUGGCCCUCAAGUACUUCAAUGCGGCAGCGGAGACUGUAUAUCCACCCUCUCAUGUGCAGCUCGCUGCGCUGUACCUCGAUCAAGGUCAGUCCGAUGAGGAUAUCUACGCAGCAAACCAUCACCUGGAUCUGGCGGCUAAGUACUACAAUAUGGAGGCAUAUUACUAUAUCGGAGAGAUGACCUAUUUCGGUCUUGGCCGCGAAAGAUCAUGCGAGGUUGCGCUUAAUUACUACAAAGCUGUCGCGGAGAAGGUAGAGCCGUUUGUCUCAUGCUGGGCUGAGGCUAACUUGGCCUACGACGCGGGUGAGACUGAGUUGGCCUUCCUCGAAUACCUACACGCGGCAGAACAGGGAUACGAAACCGCUCAGAACAAUGUUGCGUACAUACUCGACCCUCAGAAGUCCUACUUGACUAUCCCGCAGUGGCUGUACCCCAAGACCCAGAAGCCGGCACUUCUUCAAAACCCGGCGCUCGCACUCAUCUACUGGACACGGUCCUCUAGGCAAGGCAACAUUGACGCUACUGUCAAGAUGGGCGACUAUUACCUCGGCGGGAUAGGAACGGAAGCUGAUGUCGAUAAGGCCGUUCAGUGUUAUACUGCAGCUUCAGAACAUUAUCAGAGCGCGCAGGCGUUGUGGAACUUGGGCUGGAUGCAUGAGAAUGGCAUUGGCUUAACUCAAGACUAUCAUCUUGCUAAGCGGUAUUACGACACUGCUCUGGAAACAAACGACGAGGCAUACCUACCCGUCUCUCUCAGCUUAUUGAAGCUGCGGGCGAGAAGCGCUUGGAAUACUUUCACCAACGGUCGGAUCAACUCUAUCCAAGACGAGCCAACCGAGAAAAAGGAAUGGUCACUCAGUGAAUGGAUCAAUAACUUCUUACAGGAUGAGAUGGGCUAUUACGGAGAUGAUAUGUAUGACGGCUAUGAGGAUGCGAUGCCUGGUGCCGAUUCCGAUCUGGGUGCCUUUGAGGAAGGGGACAUCCUGGAGACGUUGGUGAUUAUGGGUCUCGCUGCCGCUCUUGUCUUCUUAGUAUUGUAUCGCCAACAGCGACAGCAAGCAGCUCGGCGGCAGCAGGAAGACGAGGCAAGGAGACAACAGCAAGAACAGCAAGGCCAAGGCGUUAGAGUAGCUGGCGGAGCGUUUGCUAACGGACAACAGCAGCAACAGGCAGGGAAUGGGGGCUUCUUCCCUCAACCUGGCGCUCCAGGCUUUGGGCAAUGGGCUGUUGAUCUCCGUUUGCUUCGCAGAUUCUCUCACCUCACAUUUUCAACCACAAUUGAUCAUUUUCCGUCGGGUUCGGUCGUCACUCAACAAUCUCAAGGACACAAGAAUGCAGUCACACGCAAUCUGGUACUAGCCUGUACAAAGACCAAUUCCAGCACUCCCCAAACCGGCGCGCAACCCCUCACAGCAUUCACCAACCUACUCACUUGGAGAAUGUCAUCUCACGCAACACCAGGACCAGCAUCCAAGCGCCGCCGUGUCGAGCUGGCAAACGCUACACUGCGGAGACCGUUUCGGUCUCCCAUGAUCAACCGCACAACAUCUGGUGACAAGUCAACUCCCACGGCGACAAGGCAAGGGAAAACGACGCAAGUACGAGCGGCAGUGGGUAGUAGUGGUGCCGCCGAUGUCGGGGGAGGAGAAGAAGAGGAAGAAGAAGAUGAUGACGACGACGAAGAAACAAGUUUCUCCUCGGUGCCGACGCCAGUAGUGAGAAAAGCAUCAAAAAGCAGUCUUCACCGUAGUAGCGGUGCUGGUCCCAGUACGAGUACACAACGGAACGCGAAACCACCUCUUCUGGAUUUGAACAACAAGGAGGAGCAGCAGAAAGGGCCUCGAGCUACGUCUGGUAUCAAUCGGAGGCGAAGCAGCAUCGGGUCAGGGUCUACUACUGGCUCUAAUAUCACUUCUUCGCGCCCUUCCGUUGGUCAAAGCCUUACCAAAAGGACAGUUGUUGGUGAAGCCGCUCCAGAUGGUAAUGACGACAUCUUGGCCGGACUGCAAAAAUCUCACAGGGAGGCGAAGGCUCAUUUGAGCGCCAUGCAAAAGCAAUUGGAUCUCAUCAGGCAGGCGAAGCGUAUUGAGGUGGCAUCACGGAAGGCUGUUGAGGAGGGGAGCAAGGAGCGACGACGGCAGGACGCAACGGUCAUUGACGCCGAGUUGAAAGAGCUAGUGCAGAAAUGGAAGCUUGCGAGCAGACAGGCGGCAGAAGAACUGUUUGAGCUUAUCAAGGGGAGGGUGGCGGAUAUGGGCGGGGCCAAGGCGUGGAGGGAGACGAGGAGGAGGCAGAUGGAGGGGUUUCAUUCUGCUUGGGAUGAUGACGGGCAGAAGGGGAAGAAGAGAAAGGGAGAUGCUGAUGAGCGGGAGAUUGAAGACUCCGAUGUCAGCGAUGAUGGAGGUCUUGAUGACGGCGACGGGCAAUUCUCACAGGGAGCUGGAAACAAUGAUGACGGUGAGGGGAGUGCGGAAGACGACUCCGAGGACUCGGGAUUUACCAUGCUCAUGAUGCUGCAAAGCCUUAACAUAGAGCCUGACGUCUUGGGGUACGAUCCGAACGAAGACAAGUGGCUGGAUUAG